UUACUUGUCCUUUUUUACAUAUCCGUACACUUUUAUGUGCGUAUUUUGACCGUCUGUCUUUGCAGGUAGACAGCGUCCGCAGAUUAGCCUCGAGGAAUUUAGUUUCCUUGAAGAGAUUUGCAGAAAAACUAGGCCAGAGGAAAGGACCUGGGCUAAGUUAGUGAAUCCAAAGACAAUACACUGGUAUUGUGACGGUCCAGAACCUACCCGUGAGGCCAUUGCAUACGACGAAAGAAUACACAAACAAAUGGACGACGCCAAGAGAAGGGCAAUGAUAAAAUCUCUAGCCGUCGAGCAAAAGAAGACGGGUGAGAUCGUUGUUCCCAGUGUGCCGGGGUCAUCGGGUAAGAGGAAGCAGCCACCAAAGUCCGACCGUCCACUCAAGCAGCCAAAGGUGUCAAUGGAGCCCGUGGUGGGCUUGAUGGCUGAGGGCCCUAAGGCCGUCACCCAAGUUAAACAAGGGGCCGGUAAGGGCCUAAUGCAUGCUCCACCCGUCAGCGGGGAGAAGCCCCCUCCCCUUCUCCGUGAGGACUCGAAGUUCGCUUUGGAGAAGCUUACGUCCAUACUUUCUGCAGAGGAUUAUGAGGAUCUUGGGAAUCAUUCGACGGAGGUGAUGGGGGAGACGGGGUUAUUUGCCGUCGGACAGUCCUUGGUUAUGAUGAAGGGCUUGAUGGACCAACUUGAACAGAGGACGGAGGAGGCUGGGAAGGCCUUGAAGGUUAAAGCAGACGAGGUAAAGGAUCUGAAGAAAAAACUCCGUCAUGCAAGGGAUGACGCCGUCAGCGAAUGUCGCAACUCCGAGUCUUUGCUGAAGGAGCUGGCAGGAUCGUUCCUUCAAGGCUUCGACGAUUCGCUCCGUCAGGUGAAGAAGGCCUACCCAGAUCUGGACUUGUCCAUGAUAACACUAACUGAUCAAGGUCAGACGUCUGCUCUACCCGUCGCCUCCGAAAAUACGGAGGAUCUCUUUGGAGAAGAGGCAGCUCAGGGUGACGGAGAGUCCGCUAUGCCGAAUGAGGUCGCUGUUGUCAACCCCAAUAAAGCAGAGUAA